AUGGCGUCAAUUCGUGAAGCUACAGCUCCCUUUAGGCACACUUGGAAGUCUCUGCCUGACAGUUGCGCAAACUUUAGCUGCAUCACUGAAAAUUGGAAUGACUGGUCAGAGCGCAAAACUUACCUUGAGUGUGAUGCUCAAGACUUGAAUGGCACUUGGAAGAAAAGCAGGUUUUAUCUCGAUGAAAAUGUCAAGGCCGCCAGAGGUGGCAUGGACUAUCGUGUCACCCCUAGCUACCGAUCGGAUACCUUGUCUUCCAAUCUCGUAUCCCCUCACCCCAAGGUUGCCAUGAGGAAUGGAAAACUGGAUCUGACAGCGCAUGGCCAGGGGCCUGACGGCCCAAUCUGGCGAACCGUAACGCUCCACGACCUCAUGAAUGAGGAUGGCGUGGUCUUCUCAUCUGGCGCGGGGUUGAGCCCAAAGGGACUUGCAGUUCGACUGGCCUGGAUAGAAGCGGAUAAGGCGAAGAAAGAAGCGGAAGAUUUAAAGCGGGACGCAGCAAGAAAGUCGCUAGAACCUCUAUUCAGGGAGGAGUGGCUGGAUCGUCAAAACAAGGAAAUCAAGGCAUUGGAGGAAAUGCGUCGUCGUCUACCUGAUGGGUUCAAAGAUCCCUUCAUAGAUGACAGAAUCAAGGCGAUACAAACUGAGAUAGCAACAACGGUCCCUUCGAUGCCGGAAAGUUGGAGUUCAAAGAAACUUCAACAACUAUCUGAAAACGAGGAAAAGGCGAAGAAGGAGGCAGAAAGAAAGGAGAUGGAGCUUACUUGGAAAAAAUGGAAACAGUAUGUUCUAGCCCGCGACGUCGAGCGGAGCAAGAAGAGUGUGAAGCUUUAUGAAAAUGAUCCACGCAACCUGGACAUCAUGAAAAGGAACUUGAGGGAUUCCGAAGCAAGAUUGGCCAAGUUCCCUAUGAUGACCAUGCCUCAAGGUUGGACGCCAGAUGAAGAGGAGAAGAGGGACAUAGAGAGGAUGGAGAUGGAGCCUAUUUGGAGGGAGAAGAAGCAGAACUAUUUUACUUUCAAUAUCGGGCAGCUCAAGAAAGUCUUGAAGGACUUGGAACAAGGAGGUGGAAAUAACACUCGGGAAAGAAUUCAAAGGGAGUUAGAUGAUUUAGAAGAACAGUUCGCAAAGCUCCCUGGGAUGAGCAUGCCUGACGGUUGGAGGCCAGCGUAA